AUAUUCGGAUAAUUUUUUUAUAUCACAUCGAAACAACGAUGAGAAACUCUGCAUCUCGACAGAAAUUGAACGUGUGGGUAACCCUGGAGCGAGGCUCCUCCCUGGUGGACUCCAUCAAGCUCUCGUGCAAGGACUCCACCUGCUGCCUGAAGAGGAGGCGUACGGUCGCCUCCGUCAAGCUCCCCGUGGAAGGCUGGUCUUGCGUCAAAGGGAUUCAAGGCUGCCACGCCGAGGCUGAGCUGCGAGUGCCCUUGGCGAAGCUGUGCAAGAAAGACGGCAACGCGGCCGUCAGGGUGCAAUGCGCCUCGCUUAGGAAGCCAGUCUUCACCUCUUCCAUGCCGCUGGCCUGGCUGCUGAACAACAUCAGCGGCCUCCACUUCUCUCUCUUCUGUGACGACGGGCCCGCCUUCACCAGCCUCCGGUGCAACGGGAGGCGGUGUGGCGAGCCCGUCCGGGCGGUGAGCCCUGCACCGCGUGCGGCCACUAACGGGGUGGCCAGGACCGAUGAGGCUGAUGAUACAUGGGCACUCUUUGAAGCAAUGAUCCGUGAUGAUGAGGGUGAUGUUCCAUGGGCACUCCUUGAAGUGACGACCCGUGAUGACUCGUCUGAUGAGGGUGAUGAUACAUGGGCACUCUUUGAAGCAAUGAUCCGUGAUGAUGAGGCUGAUGUUCCAUGGGCACUCCUUGAAGUGACGACUCGUGAUGACUCGUCUGAUGAGGGUGAUGAUUCAUGGGCACUCUUUGAAGCAAUGAUCCGUGAUGAUGAGGCUGAUGUUCCAUGGGCACUCCUUGAAGUGACGACCCGUGAUGACUCGUCUGAUGAGGGUGAUGAUACAUGGGCACUCUUUGAAGCAAUGAUCCGUGAUGAUGAGGGUGAUGUUCCAUGGGCACUCCUUGAAGUGACGACCCGUGAUGACUCGUCUGAUGAGGGUGAUGAUACAUGGGCACUCUUUGAAGCAAUGAUCCGUGAUGAUGAGGGUGAUGUUCCAUGGGCACUCCUUGAAGUGACGACCCGUGAUGACUCGUCUGAUGAGGGUGAUGAUACAUGGGCACUCUUUGAAGCAAUGAUCCGUGAUGAUGAGGGUGAUGUUCCAUGGGCACUCCUUGAAGUGACGACUCGUGAUGACUCGUCUGAUGAGGGUGAUGAUCCAUGGGCACUCUUUGAAGCAAUGAUCCGUGAUGAUGAGGGUGAUGUUCCAUGGGCACUCCUUGAAGUGACGACCCGUGAUGACUCGUCUGAUGAGGGUGAUGAUCCAUGGGCAUCCGCCGAAUCGGUGACCGCCAUCACCGAUGAGGCUGAUGAUCCAUGGGAUGCCCUCGAAUUGAUAACCAGUAAUGACUGGUCUGAUGAGGAUGAUGAUCCAUGGGAUGCCCUCGAAUUGAUAACCAGUAAUGACUGGUCUGAUGAGGAUGAUGAUCCAUGGGAUGCCCUCGAAUUGAUAACCAGUAAUGACUGGUCUGAUGAGGAUGAUGAUCCAUGGGAUGCCCUCGAAUUGAUAACCAGUAAUGACUGGUCUGAUGAGGAUGAGGAUCCAUGGGAUGCCCUCGAAUUGAUAACCAGUAAUGACUGGUCUGAUGAGGAUGAGGAUCCAUGGGAUGCCCUCGAAUUGAUAACCAGUAAUGACUGGUCUGAUGAGGAUGAUGAUCCAUGGGCAUCCGCCGAAUCGGUGGCCGCCAUCACCGAUGAGGAUGAUGAUCCAUGGGAUGCCCUCGAAUUGAUAACCAGUAAUGACUGGUCUGAUGAGGAUGAUGAUCCAUGGGAUGCCCUCGAAUUGAUAACCAGUAAUGACUGGUCUGAUGAGGAUGAUGAUCCAUGGGCAUCCGCCGAAUCGGUGGCCGCCAUCACCGAUGAGGAUGAUGAUUCAUGGGAUGCCCUCGAAUUGAUAAUUAUAACCAGUGAUGACUGGUCUGAUGAGGAUGAUGAUUCAUGGGAUGCCCUCGAAUUGAUAAUUAUAACCAGUGAUGACUGGUCUGAUGAGGAUGAUGAUUCAUGGGAUGCCCUCGAAUUGAUAAUUAUAACCAGUGAUGACUGGUCUGAUGAGGAUGAUGCCUUCCUGGACGUCACGGCCAUCUGUGCUGUCGUUGUGUACAUUGUCUUGCUUCACUAAGCAGCCUGGUAACACACUCACCAGUGACCCCCGGCGCAGGCGCGAGCCACAUCGUGAGCCACACUCCCGGGGAGCGAGGCAACCUUCAGUGACCGUCGCUCUUAUUACACCUUCAGGGGAGGAGCUCCAGCUGUAUUUCUUAUCUUAUCAAUGAAAA